AGGGAAGGCCUCGUUGGGGAAGCUCAGGCUUCUGGCUUUGCGACACCGUCGGGGCGGGAAAGUGCCGGCUGUCGGUUGGAGGAAGUCGGCCCGUCCCCUAGGGCCGGACUUCCGCGCACCCGGGAGGCGUGUUCCGGCCUUUCAGACCCAGCGCUGGGCGCCGGUUAAGACCCAUCUCCCCGUUGCUGGUGCCAUGGAGGCGCUGGUGGAGCCGGAAGUCGAGAAUGAGGACGGCGAGAGCCGCUGCGGGGAUCUGUGCUUCAUGGACAAAGGCCUGCGGAGCAUAUCAGAGUUAUCUUUAGAUUCAGCCCUUCGUGCCAUCAAUCUUCAUUGCAAUAACAUCUCGAAGAUCAAAGCCAUUGAUCACAUUUGGAAUUUACAACAUCUAGAUCUGUCAUCUAAUCAAAUAAGUCAAAUUGAAGGGCUAAACACACUGACAAAACUACGUACUUUAAACUUGUCCUGCAAUUUGAUCACAAGAAUAGAAGGACUUAAAGCACUAACUAAUCUGACUAGACUGAAUUUAUCUUAUAACCACAUAAAUGAUCUUAGUGGUUUGAUGCCCCUUCAUGGAAUUAAACAUAAACUUAGAUAUAUUGACCUACAUAGUAAUUGUAUAGAUAGUAUCCAUCACCUACUUCAGUGUACGGUAGGAUUGCGCUUCUUGACUAAUCUUAUUUUGGAGAAAAAUGGAGAAGAUAAUCCUGUCUGUCAUUUGCCAGGGUACAGAGUAGUUAUGCUCCAGACUUUGCCACAGCUUAGAAUCCUAGAUUGUAAGAACAUAUUUGGUGAACCAGUAAAUAUGGCAGAAAUAAACUCAUCACACCUACAGUGCUUUGAAGGUCUUUUGGAUAAUUUAGUUUCUUCUGACUCUCCCCUAAAUAUAAGUGAAGAUGAGAUCUUUGAUGGUAUGCCAGUGGUAACACCACCUAUCGAUGAGGUAGCUCCUUUGGAUCACUUUACUUCUAAUUCUUUAAUAGAUAAUGUUCCUGAGAAAGAUCUCAGACCAAAAAGAGACACAGAUGUGACUUCUGAAAGUGACUAUGGAAACAGAAAAGAAUGCAAUAGAAAAAUUCCUCGAAGAUCAAAAAUCCCAUAUUAUUCCAAAACUAUUCAAACUGUUAAGCACCACAGUAAAAACAACAAUGCUUUUAUAAGUUGUAAUCGUAAAAUGAAACCACCUUUCUUUAAAGAAUUACACGUAAGAUCAUCUUUAGGGAACAAUAAUAUAUUAGAAGAAUCAGAAAAGCAGAAGACUGAAAUAAUUAAAGUAAACAACGGUAGCUCAGAAAAUGCCACUUACCGGGCACUAGUUGAGGAGCUAGAUCAAGAGAGAGAGAAGAGAUGGAAAGCUGAACAAACUGAAAAGAAACUUAUGGAUUAUAUUGAUGAACUGCAUAAACAUGCAAAUGAAAAAAAAGAUAUUCAUAGCCUGGCUCUUCUUACUACAGACAGGCUAAAGGAAAUUAUUUUUAAAGAGAGAAAUUCCAAACUACAACUCGAAAUUAUGGUUCACAGUCUUCAAAAUGAAAUUAAAAAACUAACUAUUGAAUUAAUUAAAGCAAGAGAUCAACAAGAGGAUCACGUUAGACACUUAAUAACCCUGGAAAAAGCAUUAGAAAAAAAGGAGAGACAAAAAGGGCAACAGCAAGCAGCACAGAUGCGACUUAUCCAAGAGGUGGAACUCAAAGCCGCAGCUGCUGAUAGAGAAAUAAACUUACUUAGAACUUCUCUUCAUCAAGAAAAGGAACAGGUGCAACAACUUCAUGAACUUCUUGCAUUGAAAGAACAAGAACACAGGAAAGACCUUGAAACAAGGGAGUUUUUUAGUGAAGCUGAGUUCCAGGAAGCCUUAGCUAAAGAAAUUGCUAAAGAAGAGAGAAAACAUGAACAAGUUAUAAAAGAAUACCAAGACAAAAUUGAUGCAUUAAACCAACAGUAUAUGGAUUUAGAAAAUGAAUUCCGUAUUGCUUUAACUGUUGAAGCCAGAAGAUUUAAAGAUGUUAAAGAUGGUUUUGAAAAUGUUGCAACUGAAUUAGCAAAGAGCAAGCAUGCUCUUGUUUGGGCUCAACGAAAAGAAAAUGAAUCUUCCUCUUUAAUUAAAGAUCUAACCAGUAUGGUGAAGGAACAAAAAACAAAGCUGGCAGAAGUUUCUAAAUUGAAACAGGAAACAGCAACAAAUUUACAGAAUCAAAUCAACACACUUGAAAUUUUAAGUGAAGAUGACAAGCAGAAGAGUAUUCAAAUAGAACUUCUCAAGCAUGAAAAAAUGCAGCUUAUUUCCGAACUAGCAGCCAAGGAAUCGCUAAUUUAUGGUUUAAGGACAGAAAGAAAAGUAUGGGGACAUGAGUUGGCACAACAGGGAUCUUCUCUAGCCCAAAAUCAUGGGAGACUAGAGGCUCAAAUUGAAAGUUUGUGUAGGGAGAAUGAAUCUCUGCGAAAGGCAAGUGAACGUGAUAAUGACACAUUAAGAAUUAAGUGCAAAAUCAUAGAAGACCAAACUGAAACCAUUGGAAAAUUAAAAGAAUGUUUACAGGAAAGAGAGGAACAAAUCAAAAUAUUACACGAAAAGAUCACUGAAAUACAAAAAUGUACCCAAGAACAACUUGAUGAAAAAUCUUCACAACUGGAUGAAAUAAUUGAGAAACUAGAAAGACACAAUGAAAGAAAAGAAAAACUGAAACAGCAGUUGAAAGUAAAGGAAUUAGAACUUGAAGAAAUUAGAAAAGCUUACAGUACACUUAAUCAGAAGUGGCAUGAUAAAGGAGAGCUUCUGUGUCAUCUUGAAAUGCAAGUAAAAGAAGUGAAAGAAAACUUUGAAAACAAAGAAAGGAAACUUAAAGCAGAAAGAGACAAAAGUAUUGAACUGCAAAAGGAUGCAAUAGAAAUGCUUCAUAGUAUGGAUGAUGCAUUUAAAAAACAAGUUGAUGCAAUUGUUGAAGCUCAUCAAGCUGAAAUAAUACAACUGGCAAGUGAAAAGCAGAAAUGUAUUGAUUCUGCAAAUUUAAAGGUUCAUCAAGUUGAAGAAGAAAUGCGUGGACUUCUGGAAGAAACAUGCAAGAACAAAAAAGCAAUGGAAAUAAAAAUUAAGCAACUUGCUUUUGCUCUAAAUCAAAUUCAGCAAGAAAUGUGAUGGUUCUGAGAAUGGAUUGAAUUGAAAUGAACCAGCAGACCUAUUGUAAAAAUGAUUAAAUAUUGUGAUAGUAGUAACUGCUAUGACUUUGAAAUGUCUUUUUCUACACAUUUCAUUCUGAUUAUAUUUUAAAAGACUUGAUCAAGUAUUUAUUAAUUGUAUAUGUAGGUUUUUUUAUAAUAAAUUGUUGACAAUUAUGUGUAUUAGAAAAACCUACCAAAAUAACUAAACUUAAAACACUUUUUCUUGUUUCGGUGCUGUACAUUGUUUGCUAAUUACACAUUUGCCUAUGAGGGAAAGUAUUUUAGUAUUGUUAACCUUACUGUGUUGAUGAAGAACUAAUUAUAUUUAUUGGUUGUCCUUUAGUUGACAUAGCGCCAUUCUUUUGAAAGGCUCAUAAAUGUAGCUAAAAAAUAUUUUAAAUCUGUAUAAGGGAUGUGGUAUUUUUAAGAAUGCAUAUGUAAGUAUCUCCACAUCACUCAUAAUGACCCCUUUUUAUAUAAUGCAUAUGACUUUUUCAUUAAAGAUUACAUUUAAGGUUUUAUAAACAUUGUCUCAGAGGAACACUACUGUUCCACUGUCAUUCUCUCAUUUUUCCUUUUUAGUUACUAUUUAUGAAGAGAAUUCUUAUUUUGUAACUGGAAACAGUUUUCUUCCAUUUCAUAUCAGUUGACUUUUACUAUUUCACUUUUGUCAUCUCUUACGUUCCUCUGUAUUCAGAACAAAGAUCUAAAUACUAUUUCUGAAAGAAUAUAAUACCUAAUUCUUAACUAAUAGCCAGUGAACUAAGUUUUGAAAAUUAAAUGGAAUCAGAAAAAAUGUAAAGAGAGGGCCCCAUUUUGUUAUAGGCAAGAUUUAUACUGAAAUCCGUGGGACAUCAAGCAUGUCAAUAUAUGUAAUGGGAGUCUGUGGAGGAGGGGAGGACAUAAGAAAUAUUGGGGAA